AGGUGAGGCAGGUGAGCGCUGACAGGUAGCUGUGUCUGGACAGACUGUAGCACGUGGACUGGAGCUGAACACAUUACUGCACACAUGGCUAGCAGAGGCAGUGUGAAACCCUUCGUGAACUUCAAUGCCAAGCAGGAUGCUGACCUCUUACGCAAAGCCAUGAAAGGGAUCGGCACAGAUGAAGAUGCCAUCCUCAUGCUCCUAACUGCCCGCAGCAACGAGCAAAGACAAGAGAUCAAAGCAGCAUACAAGAAAGCUCAUGGCAAGGACCUGGUGAAGGAUUUAAAGUCAGAGCUAGGAGGGAAGUUAGAGGAUCUGAUCGUGGCUCUGAUGUCUCCUCCCCGCAUGUAUGAUGCAGAUCAGCUUCACAAGGCCAUCAAGGGCGCAGGUACCAAUGAUAAAGUUCUGAUUGAAAUCCUGGCCUCCAGGACAUCUGAGCAGAUGAAGGAGAUCAUCAAGGCAUACAAGAAAGAGCAUGGCAAGCUGGAGAAGGACAUCAUGGGAGACACUGCUGGACAUUACCAGAGGAUGCUGAUUAUCCUUGUACAGGGAGAGAGGGAGGAGGGAGUGGAUGAAAGCAGAGUGGAGAAAGAUGCUAAGGAGUUGUUUGCUGCGGGUGAGGGGAAAUUCGGGACAGAUGAAGACAAGUUCAUCAACAUCCUCGGUAACAGGAGUGCUGAGCACCUGAGGAAAGUUUUUGAAGCAUAUAAAAAGAUAGCUGGCUGUGACAUUGAAGAGAGCAUUCAGGGCGAGUGCACUGGCAACCUCGAGGAAGUGCUGUUAGCAGUAGUGAAAUGUGCUAAAAGCGUGCCGGGCUAUUUUGCCGAAAGCCUCCGCGAGUCUAUGAGGCGUGCUGGCACUGAUGAUGAGACGCUGAUCAGAAUCAUGGUAUCAAGGAGUGAGGAGGACAUGCUGGACAUCAGAGCCAAAUACAAGAAGAUGUAUGGAGAGUCACUGUACCGCACCAUACAGGAAGACACUGAGGGAGAUUAUGGAAAGGCCCUGCUCUACCUCUGUGGCGGAGACGAUUAAGUGUUACUUUUAUUCACUCUCUUAUUGCUUUGCUUAUAUCAGCUCAUGGUUCAUAUUUAUUCAAGUCUGGCCUGGUACUUUUGCCUGUCCACAGGAACAUUAUUUUAUAUGUUUUAUACUAGUGAGUGUCACAUUCCAGUAGUUUAGUCAAAUUCA